AUGAUUGCCGAGCAGCAGCGCCUGGUCGGGCCGCAGGCGAUCGAGGUCAGCGAGGCUGUCGUGCUCGGUGGCCUGCGGCAGUGGAUCACCAUCCGCGGCGCCGACCGGGCCAACCCGGUGCUCCUGUACGUGCACGGCGGGCCGGGCGCCGCCGAGAUGGGCCGCAGCUGGCCCUACCAGCGCGGCUGGGAGGACUACUUCACCGUCGUGCAGUGGGACCAGCGCGGCACGGGCAAGACGCUGCGAGACGCCGGCGAGGCCGCGAACCGCGAGCAGCUCACCCGCGCCCGCAUGGCCGACGACCUCGUCGAGCUGAUGGCCCUCGUGCGUGAGCGGCUGGGCGUGAAGCAGGUCAUCCUGCUCGGCCACUCCUGGGGCAAUGUCAUCGGGCUGGACGCCGCGCAGCGCCGGCCCGCGUGGGUGGCGGCCUAUGUGGGCGUCGGGCCGCUGAUGAACCUGCAGGCCAACGAGCGGGCGCAGUACGAGGCGCUGCUGGCCGAGGCGGGCCGGCGAGGCGACAAGACCGCGCUGGCCGAGCUGCAGGCGAUCGCGCCGUACCCGGGCGACGGCGAGAUUCCCUUCGAGAAGGUCAACGUCGCACGCAAGUGGGUCAUGGCCUACGGCGGUCUUGCGGCCUACCGCAGCGAUGCGAACUUCUACUUCCGCGCCGCGCGGCUGUCGCCGUACUACGACUUCGAGGACCGGCUCGCCAUCGAUGCCGGCGGGCAGCUCUCGGUGCCCGCCCUGCUGCCCGACAUGCGCCGGGUGGACCACACGGCGAUCCGCGAGGUGGCCUUCCCGAUGUUCAUGUUUCUCGGCCGGCACGACUUGACGACACCGUCCAGCGUCAUCGAGCCCUGGCUGGCGCGGCUGAAGGCGCCGGUGAAACGCCUCGUGUGGUUCGAGCAUUCGGCCCACCUCGCGCCGCACGAGGAGCCGGGGCGCUUCCUCGUGGCGCUCGUGCAGCAGGUGCGGCCGGUGGCGCUGCGUCAGGCGGGGGAGUCGGCAGGGCUGCGCGGCAGCGCGCCGAGCUCGCCCGACUCCCGCGCCUUGCGGCCGUAG